AUGCAACAAACAAAAGCGUUCGCUUUGCCCAGAGGCAGUAGUGCUUCUAGAAUGUUUGAGAACAGAGAUAUUAUCAGCCGCAUCGCCUCUUUCGCCGAUACUCCCACUCAAGCAACCUUGAUGAGGGUAUCUUCCUUAUUCAACGAUACCACUCCUCUCUUCCUAUAUCGAGAAAUCACUUUCACUAGAAGAUCCUCGUCCAAGUUCUUACAAGGUUGUGCAGAAGACUUUGACAUUCUCGAACGUAAACUCGCCUAUUGUCAAUUCACCAAGAUUAUCGUUUUCGCUGAUCUUCCUUCCCCUCGAUUUUACCUUUACGCAAGAGAUUUAUACGAUGUCUUCAAAAGUAUGGGAUCACCUUCCUUAUUAUUUCCUCAAGUGGACAAGAUAAUUUUUUCCGCUUGUUCGAUCACUGAAUUAGGGGUAUAUAAAGACAAGCAUGAAAUCUCCCAUCCUUUCCUCGAAAUCCUUCCAAAGUUGACCCAGCCCAGUCACAUGUGUGCCACCUGUCCGAUCUUCACAGCAGCCGAUUGUUCAGAUUACAUACGAGCAUUCGUUCCUCGUCCGCCACAGGAAGAUCCGAUGUUUGGUGUUCGCUGUUUCGCAUUUCUCGGAGAUCGAGUGAUCCCGCAUGAAGUCUCGGAGCUCUGUUUUCUUUUUCAGGGCUCGGUACAUUCUCUGAUUCUGCAUCAAGUUGGAACAAAACUUAGACUUCCGAGCUAUUUCCCGGUGACGAAAGUCUUCUUCAGAUCGUGCGCUUGUGAGGGAGAAUGGUGUGAAGACAAUCCGAUAGAAUGCCAGUCUCAUACCGGACAAGCGGGUAGAAAAAAUCAACUAUUAGCUUUAACCUAUGGAAUGACAAAAGAUCGUUCCAUCACAGCUACCCGAGGCUUAGAAAAUAUGACGCAAACAAUCACACUGGUUAAUCCUGUGUUAUGGAGAGAUAGCAGAAAAGCUAGAGAGGAACUCGGGGAUUGGUUGACUGCUUCGGUCAAAGGAUGGAAGGAAGAGUACAUCAGCAUGGAAGGUUGGGAUGAUUCGAAAGUUUGUACUUGCUGUCAAAGCAGAGAGGGCUCUUAG